UCGGCGACCUUCUCCUCUCUUAACACAACAUAUCCCGGCAACCGCAGCGUGGCAUUCAAGAUGAUGCGGAAGCAGCUGUUGCGCUCAAUCUCGCGGUCGCCGGCGGUGGUCAGCAAUGGCAGCCCCGUUGCGCGCACCUUUGCCACGACUGCGAGACGGCAGGCCGAUGUCGAGCUCACAGUUGAUGGCAAGAAAGUCUCUGUGCCAGCCGGAUCUGCCCUCAUCCAAGCAUGCGAGAAAGCCGGCGUAACGAUCCCACGAUACUGCUACCACGAAAAGCUCAUGAUUGCCGGGAACUGCAGAAUGUGCCUGGUCGAAGUCGAGCGCGCACCAAAGCCUGUAGCAUCUUGUGCAUGGCCUGUACAGCCCGGAAUGGUGGUUAAGACAAAUAGCCCCCUCGCACACAAGGCAAGAGAAGGUGUAAUGGAAUUCCUUUUGGCAAACCAUCCCUUGGACUGCCCUAUUUGCGAUCAAGGUGGCGAAUGUGACUUGCAAGAUCAGAGCAUGAGAUAUGGCGCAGACCGCGGGCGCUUUCACGAAAUGGGCGGCAAGCGAGCCGUCGAGAAUAAGAAUAUUGGACCUCUCGUCAAGACAUCCAUGAACCGCUGCAUUCACUGUACACGAUGCGUACGAUUUGCAAAUGAUGUUGCUGGCGCACCUGAACUUGGCAGCACAGGACGUGGCAACGACCUCCAAAUCGGAACAUACCUCGAGACCGCGCUCGACACCGAGCUUUCUGGAAACGUCAUCGAUCUUUGCCCUGUUGGUGCCCUCACCUCGAAGCCAUACGCUUUCCGAGCACGUCCGUGGGAACUUCAGCACACUGAGACGGUAGAUGUCAUGAACGGCUUGGGAAGCAACAUCCGGGUAGACGCCCGUGGACUGCAGGUCAUGCGAAUUCUGCCGCGACUCAAUGAUGACAUUAAUGAGGAAUGGAUUGACGACCGAAGUCGAUUUGCUUGCGAUGGUCUCAGCACACAGCGUUUGACUACUCCACUCAUCCGAAGAGAUAACCAGUUCCAGCCAGCUACAUGGGAGAAUGUACUAGUCGAGAUUAAGGACAAGUUUGAUCAAAUACAACCAAGGGGUGACGAGAUGAAGUUUGUUGCUGGCGAAUUGAUUGACACCGAGACUAUGGUUGCCGCGAAGGAUCUUGCCAAUAAGCUCGGAUCUGAAAAUCUUGCUCUCGACCAGCCGCAGGGCUCUUCACCUCUUGCCCACGGGAUCGAUGUCCGCUCCAACUACGCCUUCAACUCCAAGAUCACUGGGGUCGAGGAGGCAGAUGUCAUUCUUCUUGUCGGAACCAAUCCGAGAUGGGAAGCCUCCGUGCUUAAUGCCAGGAUACGAAAGCAGUGGCUGCGCUCUGACCUCGAGGUCGGUGUUGUCGGCCAGGACUUUGAAUCAACGUUCGACUACGAGAGCCUUGGUUACAGCGCUAAGGACUUGAACAGCGCCCUUGGUGGUGCUUUCGGCGAGAAGCUGAAGUCGGCCAAGAAGCCCAUGAUUAUCGUCGGCUCUGGCGCAGUGGAACACCCAGAUGCCAAGUCCAUUUACGAAUCUGUCGGCUCUUUCGUAGAGAAGAACAAGGCCAACUUCCAGACUCCAGAGUGGAACGGCUACAACGUCCUCCAGCGAGCUGCUUCUCGCGCUGGUGCUUUUGAGGUUGGCUGGACUGUGUCGAAUCCAGAGACAGCCAACGUCAAGCCUAAGGUUAUGUGGCUUCUUGGUGCUGACGAGAUCAGCGCUGCCGAUAUUCCAAAGGAUACCUUUGUGAUCUACCAAGGCCACCACGGAGACCGAGCGGCAGCCCUCGCAGACGUCGUGCUGCCAGGCGCAGCGUACACCGAGAAGGGUGUGACAUAUGUCAACACCGAGGGUCGUGUCCAGAUGUCACGAGCCGCCACAUCCACAUACGGCGCUGCACGAGACGACUGGAAGAUCAUUCGUGCUGUUUCGGAAGCACUUGAAAAGCCACUACCAUAUGAUGACAUCGAAGCACUACGAGACCGCAUGGAGGAGGUAUCACCUGCUCUCCGAAGAUAUGACAUUGUCGAGCCAACAUCGCAAGAGGCUCAGGCACUAAGCAAGGUCCAGCUUGUCGAGCAGAACAAGGGCGCCACCGCUAGUGGCGAGCCACUGCGACGAGUGAUUGAGAACUUUUACUUCACAAACAGCGUGACGCGAUCAUCACCGACAAUGGCAAGAUGUUCAGCGGCAAAAGCAGCGAAGGACCCGCAUACGAAUUUUAUGGCACCGGGUGAGCCAAACCCACAAGUUGGGUAUGGUCCACAAGAAUUAGCCGGAGCGAGCGCAUAAGGAUUGAUUGCACGAAAGUAGAUGGGAUGGGAAUGUACAUAGUACAGGCGCAUGAGGCGUUUACACGAAAAUAUCGUGUAUGUACACCAAUACAACCAGAUUUCAUGUGUGCAGAGACAUGACUUUCCCGCGUUCUCUACCAACCAUCCGUUUGGCUUGAACUUCUUCCCUUGUUUGCGAGAUGCGGAUUGAAUGCCUCUACUUAUUCGUAACAAGUGCGCUCCUCAACCUGGCUGGCAGGCUUUCGCGCACGUCUUCAUUUACUAUGCAUACCCGAGCGAGCCCAUCUCUAGACCCAUCCACAAACGCCUCGCCAUGAUGCAAGAGCAGGCAGGUAGGAGUAUCACCUCGCCGGCACCUCAACCUACGAAUCCACCUCCAUGCCCUCACCUCCCUCCGGCCGAUUCUCAAACGUCGUCUCGAGAUAGUUCGCAAUCUCCUGCCCCUCGUACAACUUGAAGUUCUCCUCCACACCACCAACACCUAUACUCGUAUUCUCCACCGUCAACUCCUUAUCCUGACUCAAACUAUCCUUGAGCGCCCUCAACGCAUGCUUAAUCAGCUCCUCCCGCGUCGAAUCUGCAAACUCCUCCAGAUUCCUCUCCAAAUACGUUCUCGCCAUCUGACUCCUCGCCCCAAUCCCACAUGCCACCAUUUCUUGGGUGACUCCCGAAGGCUGGAAUUCGAAUAAGUGUGGUCCGUUGGCGU